AAACUCCUCGGCCGGCGGCGAGAAAAAGGAAGGCAAAUGUGUGCAUAAGCGCCGUCCGAUAUUGAGAACGCUGAUUUCAGAUAAACAAACACACCCUAGAAAAUGUAACAAUGCAUGUUGCAAUGAGAGGUGCAGGCUCUUCCAGUUGUGUAUCUCAAGCAAGAAGUAGAAACUUUGGUGCCUGCUUGGUUAAAUGCCCUUGGUGGUGCAGCCUCAGAUUAUCUGGAGCAAGAGCCGCAACAGGGUGACGGUAAUGGGGUAAAGAGAGUGAUUAUGGACAUAUGCAAGGGAAGGAUGGGAGAGUUCUGAAGCGUUUAGUCUGCUGAUGGUUAUUGCAACAUCCCAAAUUUAACUUGAUUGCUGCUUGUAUAUAUUGAAACUUGGAGUUGAUUCUGCCUGCAGAGCGUUUCUUGCAAAAUGAUGGCUUGUUUUCAUUCUUGCUCAUUGCUGGGAGGCUUGAGUUGGAGAGUGUGCUCGCUAUCUCCCAAGUGUAACAAGAGUCUCUUGUACAGCAUGGUACCCUCUCCAUUACUCCAGAAUCAAAUUAGGAUAUUCAUUUUUGCGCAAGCCUUACAAUAUGGUAAAACUUAAUUUUGAGAUUAAUACGAAAGCUAUUGUUGAUUACAGUAAUAAUCAUUUUUAGUAAGACCAGAUAUAUAGCAGCUACAUUUUCAAUUGUAAGUUAGAAAGGUGCAAAUCAGCUCCUGAACUUGUACGGUGGUGGUGGAUUUGACCUUUUAUUAUUAUUUUGAACUGGGAAAGACAUUUUGGCUCGUUAAUUUUGAAAUGAGAUUAUUGUUUUAUUGUUUUAUUGUUUUAUCCUUCAUAAACGUUUUAGCAACGUCUCUAGCAUUAUUAAUCAAAGUAAUUAGCAUUU